GCCGUAGGUCAACUUCUUGGUCUGGGGACCGGUACUGGAGGAGGGGAUUCACCCCAGGGCACGGGCAAGUGUGGGGCGCGACCCGCGGGAAUAAAAACAUCUACUUGCCUGGAGUUGGUGAGGCUGAGCCGACGCUGCCUGGAUCCUGUUUUUGAAACAUGAAUCCUUCACUCUUCCUGACUGCCCUUUGCUUGGGAAUAGCCUCAGCUGCUUCAAAAUUCGAUCAAAGUUUAAAUGCACAAUGGUACCAAUGGAAGGCAACACACAAGAGAUUAUAUGGCAUGAAUGAAGAAGGAUGGAGGAGAGCAGUGUGGGAGAAGAAUAUAAAAAUGAUUGAACUGCAUAACCGAGAAUAUAGCCAAGGGAAACAUGGCUUCACAAUGGCAAUGAAUGCUUUUGGUGACAUGACCAAUGAAGAAUUCAGGCAGGUGAUGAAUGGUUUUCAAAACCAGAAGCACAAGAAAGGGAAAGUGUUCCAAGAACCUGUAUUUGCUGAGAUCCCCAAAUCUGUGGAUUGGAGAGAGAAAGGCUAUGUAACUCCUGUGAAGAAUCAGGGUCAGUGUGGUUCUUGUUGGGCUUUUAGUGCAACUGGUGCUCUUGAAGGACAGAUGUUCCGGAAAACUGGCCAACUUGUUUCACUGAGUGAGCAGAACCUGGUGGACUGCUCUCGGCCUCAAGGCAAUGAGGGCUGCAAUGGUGGCCUAAUGGAUAAUGCCUUCUGGUAUGUUAAGGAAAAUGGAGGCCUGGACACAGAGGAGUCUUAUCCGUAUCUUGGAAGGGACUCAGAGCCCUGUAACUACAAGCCUGAGUGUUCUGCUGCCAAUGACACCGGCUUUGUGGACAUCCCUCAGCGGGAGAAGGCCCUGAUGAAGGCAGUGGCAACUGUGGGGCCCAUCUCUGUUGCUAUUGAUGCAGGCCAUCAGUCGUUCCAGUUCUAUAAAUCAGGCAUUUAUUAUGAUCCAGACUGCAGCAGUGAAAACCUGGAUCAUGGUGUUCUUGUAGUUGGCUAUGGCUUUGAAGAAACGGAUUCAAGUAAAAAAUUUUGGAUUGUCAAGAACAGUUGGGGUCCAGAAUGGGGCUGGAGUGGCUAUGUAAAAAUGGCCAAAGACCAGAACAACCACUGUGGAAUUGCUACGGCAGCCAGCUAUCCCACUGUGUAAGCUGGUGGAUGGGGAUAUUAGAGGACUUAAGGACAGCGUAUCUGGAGGAAUUUUUAUCUUAAAACUGACCAAACCCUUAUGUAAGAUAAGACACUUGAAUCAGUGAAGAUCCAAGUUGUGAUUUGAAUUCUGUGACAUUUUUAUAAGGGUAAAACUUUACCACUACCUUAAUUGCUGUUAUAAAUAGCUUUAUAAUGUUGAAGACUCAUUACUUAAUUCUAAGACUUUUGAAUUUUAAUUUUUUCAAAGGAUAUAUAAAACUUUACCUUUUAAAAUAAAUUUUAACUCAACAUGUA